AUGCCAUACAAGACCAAAAGGAUCCAAAUCCUCUUUGAAGGAACUACUCUUCCGGGAACGAUGAUGCAGCCUGACAAAAGCGACAAACCGAGGCCCACGAUCAUUUUUAAUGGUGGCUUCGACUCCACCAAGGAAGAGAUAUUCUACAUGAAUGGCCAGGCGGCACUUGAAGAAGGCUUCAACGUUAUUCUCUUCGAUGGCCCGGGACAAGGCGAAGCUCUGAGAAAGCAGCGCCUCGUUUUCAGAAACGACUGGGAGACUGUAAUCACUGCGGUUGUCGACUAUGCUCUUGGCCAGCCCACAGUCAUCGCAAACAAGGUGUUCCUUAUGGGCAUCAGUAUGGGUGGCUACCUUGUCGGAAGAGCUCUAUGUUUCGAGCAUCGAUGCGCGGCCGCUAUCGUCAACGACGGAGUUUACGACUUUGGCGCUGCAUUUCAUUCCCAGAACCCUGGCCUUGGCAGAUUCCUGCUACGCAAUGGCUGGGACGCUACGAUGAAUGCUCUAAUGUUCCAGAUGAUGCGCUGGGAUACGGGCUUCAAAUGGGCGAUUUUGAAUGGAAUGUGGGCUUUCGGCGCUAAGUGUCCAGUAGAGGUGCUGCGCUGUGUGAGUGAGUAUAGUCUGGAGGGGCUCGUGGACAACAUCCAUACUCCAUUACUAGUUCUGGAUGCGAUUGAAGAUCAUUUCUUGAAAGGACAGCCAAAAGCCUUGUUUGGCAAGUUGCGCGGCGAGAAAGAAUUUGAGCAGUUUACGGCGGAAGAGGGGGCAACCUCGCACUGCCAUAUGGGGUCCCUCACUAGGCUCAACCAGGCGAUCUUUGACUAUCUACUUCCGCGGGUGCAAUAA